GCCUGGACACCCACGAACACCGCUGUGACCCCAUUCCUUCUCCUCCUGCUUGUCCUUGAUCCUCUCCCUUCUACUCCUCAUUCUCUCUGUCCUUCUCUCACACCCCCCAUCGCCCUCCCGUAGACCUUGAAGACUUCUCUGAACAAGAUGAGCUCCCCUCUGCAUAAAGAUGCAUUCGACCAGUUCUUCGGAAGUUGUCCCUGCACCGCCCCAGUGUCGAACAAGCUCAAUCUCAUGACGGAUUUUAGUAUUUUCGAGACUUCUGAUGAGUGGAUAGAUGACUUCGACCUCUUGAAUCUUGUCCCGCAUGGUCCUGAUUGCAGAUCUCCUGGCAAGAAAGAAAACACGGAGAAACCUUCGCAACCCAUCGGAAGCCCUUCAGCCAACCUUUCACCGAUGGAUAUAGAUGAUCAGAUCAUCUGCAGUCCAAUCUCAAGAGAAAAUUACAACCGGCCCAUUAUUUCGCCCACAGCGCGAGCCAACAUGAACUUGGGUCCUAUCAAAGGAAAUUUCAAGCUUUGACACACGUCCACCAGCGUGUAAAUAGACCCAUGUUGUACUUCUAUACAAAAAAGAAAACACAUUCAUUACAACUCAUUUUCUAAGACAAACUCAGUACAACUCAUCAUCUUGUA